CAACUCAAACAAACAAAAAAACAAAUGGCAAUCAUGACAUCAUUGGCCUCUUUUAUCAUCACUCUCCUGUUGGCUGCAGCUGUCUGCACCCACGGAGAAGAAUCAGUAAGGGACAGCAAUGGGAACGAAGUUCGACUCGAUGAACAAUACUACAUCCAACCGAUCAGUACAUGGAGUAACGGUGGUGGUCUUGCUCCACUUGCUGGUCUAAAUCCCUUUUGUGAACCACGUAGCAUCACCGAAGCACUUGCGGGUGAAGCGGGCGUGCCAGUUAGCAUAGCAUAUCCACCGAAGUUCAUCACGUCAUUACAAGUUGUCAAAACAAAUAUCAGUAUAACCAUCGAGUUCAAGUCCAACGAUGACUGUAAGGACCUAUCCAUGUUCUGGCAAGUCUACGACGCACGGUAUGUCAUUGAGCCUCCAAUUCUCACCGGUGGAAGACCUGAGAAACUAAAUAGCCGGUUUAAGAUAGAGAAAGUCGGAGAAAAAGAUGGAACAAACAUUUACAAAUUGACCACUUCUGCCGGAACCGUUGGAGGCAUCCCAGUAUUGGGAGCAAAACCGCACCGAGUUCUACUUCUCACCAAUGAUGUGGCUAACAUCAUAUACGUAAAAUUCAUCAAAAUUAAUGAUGUUAGUUCUACUUCUCGUGUUGAGAAGUUAGGUCUAAGGAUGAUCCCAUUCUACUAAUCAAGACCAUGUAAUGUAAAACCUUAAGACUCAGCCCAUGACCAAAAAAGGGGUUGUAAUAAUACCCAUCAGAAUAAAUAAAAUAAAAAUUCGAUUUUAA